CCCUGGACUCCCUUCCAGGCCCACGGGCCCUCCCACUGGCCGACCUCCUUCCUGCCAGCCUGCGUCUGGUUCCCCCAGCGAUUAGGAGCGCCAGGCGGGACGGACAGCGGGUCAGCGAGCACUGGACGGGCGCCGCAAUCACCGCGAUUCCUCCCGACUCGGGCUGCGAUCCCCAGCCUUGGGGGCGGUCCCUGCCCCCAAGUGAGAAGCAAGCGCCAGAGGGAGGGAGCCGUCAACCAGGCACAACCAGGAACACCGAACACCGGAACACCCGGAACCAUGACGACUAGUCAUCAGCCUCAGGACAGGUAUAAGGCGGUAUGGCUUAUCUUCUUUGUGCUGGGCCUAGGGACGCUGCUCCCCUGGAAUUUUUUCAUGACUGCCACUCAGUAUUUCACAAACCGCCUGGACCUGUCCCAGAAUACAUCCUUGGUCACUGCCGAACAGAGCAAAGACACCAAGACCUUGGCUGCCCCUACAGUCUCCUUGCCAGAGCAGAGUUCUCUCAGUGCCAUCUUCAACAACGUCAUGACUCUGUGUGCCAUGCUGCCUCUACUGUUGUUCACCUGUCUCAACUCAUUCCUGCAUCAGAGGAUUCCUCAAUCUGUGCGGAUCCUGGGUAGCCUGGUGGUCAUCCUGCUGGUGUUCCUGACCACUGCCAUCCUGGUGAAGGUGCAGAUGGAUGCUCUGCCCUUCUUCAUCAUCACUAUGAUCAAGAUCAUGCUCAUUAAUUCAUUUGGUGCCAUUUUGCAAGGCAGCCUUUUUGGUCUGGCUGGCCUCCUGCCUGCCAACUACACAGCCCCCAUCAUGAGUGGCCAGGGCCUGGCUGGCUUCUUUGCCUCUGUGGCCAUGAUCUGUGCCAUUGCCAGUGGUUCAGAGCUGUCAGAAAGUGCCUUUGGCUAUUUCAUCACAGCCUGUGCAGUUGUCAUCUUGGCUAUCGUGUCUUACCUGGCUCUGCCCCGACUGGACUUCUAUCGCUACUACCUGCAGCUGAAGCUGGAAGGGCCUGCAGAGCAGGAGACCAAGUUGGAUCUCAUCAGUAAAGGAGAAGAGCCAAGAGCAGGGAGAGAGGAACCUGGGGUACCAGCCCCCAAUUCUGUGCCCACCAGCAGAAGCCACUCUGUAAAAGCCAUCCUCAAGAGUAUCUCAGUCCUGGCACUCUCCAUCUGCUUCAACUUCAUGGUCACCAUUGGGUUAUUCCCCGCUGUGACUGCUGAGGUCGAAUCCAGCAUUGCCGGCACCAGUGCCUGGAAAAACUACUUUGUUCCUGUGUCUUGUUUCUUGACUUUCAAUGUUUUUGAUUGGCUGGGCAGGAGCCUCACAGCUGUUUGCAUGUGGCCUGAUAAGGACAGCCGCUGGCUGCCAAGCCUGAUAGUGGCCCGGCUAGUGUUUAUUCCCCUGUUCCUGCUGUGCAACGUGAAGCCUCGUAACUACCUGCCCGUGGUCUUCAAGCAUGACUCCUGGUUCAUCAUCUUCAUGGCUGCCUUUGCCUUUUCCAAUGGCUACCUCGCCAGCCUCUGCAUGUGCUUCGGGCCCAAGAAAGUCAAGCCAGCUGAGGCGGAGACAGCAGGAAUCGUUAUGGCCUUCUUUCUCUGUCUGGGCCUGGCACUGGGGGCCGUCUUCUCCUUCUUACUACGGGCAGUUGUGUGACCAAUCAUGUAGAGACAGAAGGACUGCACUGCCCGCCUACCUCCUGCUUGGUUCCGUACCCCACGGAUGAGCAGGGCGUCCGGAGGUUUGCUCUUCUAGCCAACGUCUGCUUUCUUCUGGCCUAUGCUGGACCCGGAUGUCCAGGCCUCGGGGAACAAGCCUCUACAGAUGGACUUGUGGGCUUGGGGUCAGAAUGACAAGGGGGCAGUCUCUGAUAGUUCUGAGUGAUCCCUGCUUAAGCUGAGCAUGAGAGGCUCCAGUCUCC